AUGGCUGAGAGGAUCUUGCUCCGGGCUCGGAAGAAGAAGUCCGCAUCGGAGAAGAACGGGUCUAGAGGAAGGAAGACCAUAAGCGGGGUGUGGCCGAAAAAUCAGUACACCCGAAGGACUCUCACUUCGCAAGAAUCGCUGCGAAGUCAGUAUUCAACUAGCGGGCUCAGGAAAAUGAUGGCAAGGAUCAGAGCUCUGGAGACAGUAGGGAUGAAAGGCUUUGCAAAGAAUGCACCAAUUCUGGUGGAUCUGUGGAGUCAAGCUACCGCGAUGUCAAACAUAUGGGGGUCUUCUGAUAUGUUUCUAAUGGCGUAUGAAAAGGUCGCAACAUCGUGCCUUGGUUAUAUGGACCCAUAA